UCCCUUUGCGCAAUUAGCCAAUCGCAGCUCGCUCUGCCAGGCAGAAGGACACAUAAAAGAAGAGCAUUGCAGCACAGGCACCGAGGAGAGCGCAAGAGAAGCUGGGAAUUACACACGGAGCACGAGAAAGCUCGCCACACGGCUCUGGACACACCCUGCUGGGGAAACACGUCCUCUCUCCUUUUUUUUUUUUCCAUGAACUGUCGCCCACGCUGCUCCAAGAGAAAUCUCUCCUUCAUUACCAUCCUUGAGCAUCUUCCCCACACCUUUGGCCCCACGGAGGGCUGACUCCCCGUGAGAGCAAUUGGGGCUUUUUUCCUCUUUUUUACCAUUUAAUUUGGAAAUUCUGUUACCGCCCUCCUGUUCGCUGCUCACCUUGCAAUUAAGAAACAAAAGAAAUUAAUUUGAAAAAAUAAACAAGAACAACACCUGAAACAAAUCCAACCCGGGGCAUCAAGACCUACCAGUCAAAGGACCUAGAUCCCGACCAUCGCUGUGCAUCAAGAAUGGUUACUCAGAUAAUCAGCACCAUGGAAACUCAGGUGUCCAACGGUCCAACUGGAAACAGCCUUCCCAACGGCCCAGUGAUCAGUACCAAUGGCUCCACAGACGACAGCAAAACCAACCUGAUAGUGAACUACCUUCCACAGAACAUGACCCAAGAGGAGUUCAAAAGUCUGUUUGGCAGUAUCGGGGAAAUUGAGUCCUGCAAGCUGGUCCGGGACAAGAUUACAGGUCAAAGCUUAGGUUAUGGCUUUGUGAACUACGUGGACCCAAAUGACGCGGACAAAGCUAUCAACACCCUCAACGGACUCAAACUGCAAACAAAAACAAUAAAGGUGUCCUAUGCUCGCCCAAGCUCUGCCUCCAUUCGCGAUGCCAACCUAUACGUCAGUGGCCUGCCGAAGACCAUGAGCCAGAAGGACAUGGAGCAGCUUUUCUCUCAGUAUGGCCGCAUCAUCACUUCCCGUAUCCUGGUGGACCAGGUCACAGGUGUUUCACGAGGAGUGGGGUUCAUCCGGUUCGACAAGAGAAAUGAAGCCGAAGAAGCCAUCAAGGGUCUGAAUGGACAAAAGCCUUUGGGUGCAGCUGAGCCUAUCACCGUCAAGUUCGCAAACAACCCAAGCCAGAAGACAGGCCAGGCACUGCUCACCCAGCUAUACCAGACAGCUGCUCGUCGCUACACUGGCCCGCUGCACCAUCAGACCCAACGCUUCAGACUCGACAAUUUACUUAACGCCAGCUACGGAGUGAAGAGCUCCCUCUCUCUCCUUCCUAGAUUCUCUCCCAUCACCAUCGACAGCAUGACAAGCCUGGCCGGGGUCAACCUCACAGGCCCUACUGGGGCUGGCUGGUGCAUCUUCGUGUACAACCUGUCCCCUGAGGCCGACGAGAGCGUUCUCUGGCAGCUGUUUGGCCCCUUUGGUGCUGUCACCAACGUCAAGGUCAUCCGUGACUUCACCACCAACAAGUGCAAGGGCUUCGGUUUCGUCACCAUGACCAACUACGAUGAGGCAGCCAUGGCCAUCGCCAGCCUCAACGGCUACCGGCUGGGUGACCGCGUGCUGCAGGUCUCCUUCAAGACAAGCAAGCAACACAAGGCCUGAGAGAGAAAGGGCAUAUCUCACCCAUGUCUCGCCUUGCUGUCACCACUGCUCCAACCUGCAGAGGGAGCCAUUGAGCUUACGGAACGUUCACUUAAACCAUGGGCCGGGAGUGAGUUUCUUUCUCUCUCUCUUUAUCUCUCUCUCUCUCUCUCUCUCUCUCUCUCUCUCUCUCUCUC